AUGAAGCCGAUUGCCAACGCGCUGGACAUACUGCAAGCGGAUGACAAGAUGUAUCUUGGGUACCUGCUGCCCACAAUAACAGCAACAAGACGCAGACUAGCGGCGCUAUCCGGCCUCCAGUAUUGUAGGCCGCUAAAAAGCGCAAUUACCGACGGCAUUGAAAAAAGGUUCGCAGGUGCCAUGAACGACACCGCUCUGGUGAUAAGCGCUGUCCUCAUCCCGCGCUUUAAGCUGCAGUGGGUACCGGAAGCUGACCGUGACAGAGUGAUCCAGCUGCUGAAGACUGAGGUCUCUCGCCUGCCACGGCGGGAACACCACGUAACUUCAGACCCCCCAGCGACAGGAGAGCCUGAAGAUUUCUUCAGCUUCAACGAGGAGGGCCACUGCAGGCGGGAUUCAGAAGCCCAGGACGUCAUGCUUUACUUGCAGUCAGACGAUAGAGAUGUGAAGGACGUCCUGAAGUACCCGAGCCUGCACAGCCUCUGGAUUCAAAAAGUUAAUAUGGUUUACAAACGAUAUCAAGAACACAAAUUGCAAUUGUUUUAG